AUGGGGUCCACGGGCGUUCAGAUCGUGUGCGUGGCCUUGGGGGUGCUGGGUCUAAUCGGGGCCAUCGUGUGCUGCGCCGUACCUCGCUGGAAAGUUUCCUCCUUCACUGGCGCCAACAUCGUCACGGCCCAGAGUCAACAAGAAGGCCUGUGGAAGUCCUGUACCGUUCAGAGCACGGGCCAGCAGCAGUGCAAGAACUACGACUCCCUGCUGGUCCUAGCGUCGGACCUGCAGGCCGCCCGCGCCAUGACCAUCAUCAGCUGCAUGCUGGCCGCCCUCAGUCUGCUCAUCCUCUUCUGCGGGGCCGACUUCACCACCUGCGUGGAGAACGAGGACGCCAAGCCAAAGAUCAGCCUGGUGGCCGGCGUGGGCCUGCUGCUGGCCGGCCUGGUCCUCAUCAUCCCCGUCAGCUGGUCGGCCCACACCAUCGUGCGGGACUUCAACAACCCGCUGGUCAUCGGCUCGCAGAAGCGCGAGUUGGGAGCCUGCAUCUUCGUGGGCUGGGGCGCCGGAGUUCUCCUCCUGCUGGGGGGCGGCCUCCUCUGCUGCUUCAGCAGGCCCAAGUCCGGGAGCUCCGGGGGAACGGCCAAGUACUACACCAACAGCGCCUCGGCGCCCAGCAAGAACUACGUCUGA